AUGGCCUGCGUGAGCAAUUUAAGCCCAGAAAAUGGUGUUCCCGCCAAAACGGAGCAGGGAAAGGCGGCUGAACACAAUGGGCCGAGGACAAAAGAAGGCCGAAUCCGGCCUCGGAAAUCGGGGGGGGGGGGGCGGGGGGCUCGGGAAAGCCUAAGAAGGCCCAGCAGGGCCGGAGGCACCCCCCGCUGCGGCGCGGCACCAGGCGCUGCCGGAAAAAGGCCCUUCGUCCAACCAGGAAGAAGGCCUAGGCAGCUGCGCCCUUCGCAGAGGCCUAGUGCCUCCAAACGUUAAGGUGAGCUACAGUGGGGGGGGGAGGGGGGAUAGGGGGAAAUUAAAAGACUAAGGGGGGGGAAUGAAGGGUAAAAAUUUUAGAAGGAGAGAGGGAAAAUUAAAAUAAAAUUAAUAAUUAUUACACAGAGAGGAAACUUAAUCAAAGGACAAAAUUAAGAAUUAAAUAGAGCUAACGCAAUUAAAGCAGGCCAAAGACAAGGAUAAUGGGUAAUUAGUAGAAAAAUACAACCGUCUCCCUUUGCUGUGAUCAAUCCGAUGCACGGGCGAAAAGAGGAAGCCCUAGCCUCGUGCAAGGAGUUUUAGUAUUUCUGGCUGUCAAUCAAUAAAUGGCAACAUUAACUUCUUCCCAACAACAAAGGAAGCCCCAAUCGCAUCAGUGGCCAACGAUCAAUUAGCCCGCCCUCCAACUUUGGAGUGUCCUGGAGGCCCCCACCGCAACACGUGCUCUCCAUGAAGGAGAACACGCUUUGUCAAACUCCUUGCAAGUCCCCACUUAGUUGACCACCAGAGCCUGCUUAUUGACCCUUGAUCUUGCGCCUCUCUGAGCCAGGAAAUCUGCAUUCAGAGCACGUAAAAGGAACAGGAACUGCUUUGGCUCCUCCCCCUUCCCAACUACUACUUCCAGGAGGAAGUUGGGCUAAGCUGACUUCCUGCCCACAAAAACCUGUGAUUAAUCGACCACAAAGCCCUUUAACAGACUCCUCUCUAUUUUAACUACUGGAGAAAGAUAAUAACGUAGGAAGUCAGACCCACUGGCCCCUCUUAGCUGAGUUCCCUGCAUUGCAGGGGGUUGGACUAGAAGACCCUUGGUGUCCAUUUUCAACUCUACAGUUCCGUAGAAACUGGCAGUGGCUUUCCAAGGGUUUUAGUCGGGGUAUUCUCAGCUCUGGCCACAGAUGCUGAAGACCUUUACCCCUCUGCAUGCAAGACACAUGCUCUACCACCAAUCUAUGAUGCCUCUAAGGUCUACAGGGGCCCUUUUAUUAUUGUACACCUUGGGUGUGCUUUGAAAUAGUCCUGUGGAUGCUGGCCCAUGUAUUUCCUAAGCCAUAGCCUAGAUGCAACUGAACCAUAAAGUUCCAACGGGGAGCUACCAUUUCUUCAUUACUUCCUCAUUGCAGAUCGGCUGCUUGCCCACAGAUCUGUGGUAAACCACUGGCUCUAACAAUCCCCCAUUUUUGAGGCAGAAUUAAAUAUCCGUGAAAUCCCACAUGAGCCCACAGUGCAAAUUGGCACGAGACACCCAUCCAGCUUUUCAGGCUACUGCCUGCUCAUUAAUGUACACAAUUUAGCAUAACAUGCAGUAGCCUGUUUAUCUAUUAAAGCUUGGCAGACAGACAGAUGUUUAGACAUCAAAAGUAAUUUCGCUUGCUGUUUGCUGCCAAAGUCAAAUUCCAUUACAGCUAAAUUUUCCCAUUUGAGAUUAUUUUGCAGCAGUUUCCUCUCCCUCCUCCCUCGCUUUACCUUGCAUCAGCAGAAAGCCUGGCAUCGAUUGUGCCAUGCCCUGUAGAUUUAAAGUGGUUGUGCUGCUGGCAUUCAGUCCUUUUUCUGGUUUAGUGAAAACAGAAGCAAUUUCUCUCCCCAUUAUCCACCCUGAAAAUAAAUGCAAUGCUCUUCUUCUUUAGCAUUUUUAAAGAGCUAGAUGAAUGAAUGAAAGCUGGAAGCAAAACCUUCCGUCCUCAUCACUACGUACAAGUACUUGGACUGUUCCAUCAUGUAAACCACCAAGAUUUGCAAUAUAAAACACGGUAUACUUAGAAGUCUGUUUUAAACAUCCUAAGGGGGAAAUUCAAGUUGAGUUCCCACUCCGGUUUUCUCGGCACUCACUGCAUUUCUAGUGCUGUGUUUUUGUUUUAUCCAUGUUUGCACAUCAUUAUCCAAAAUGCAUGUGUAUUCUAUAUUUCAUUAUACUACUGUUGUGAAUGUGCUGUUUCUCAAGUCAGCUCCACACUGCUUGGAGUUCUGCUGUUCCUAAUUAAACCAAGAUGUCAACACCUUUGUGUAGGGUAAAGACGUCAACACCCCCUGGUGUGUGUACACACAUACCCUCCAACAUUUCUCUGAUGAAAAUAGGGAGGUCCUAUUCCAUAACAACAACAACAAAAACAACAACAACAACAACAACAACUCUGGGCAGAUUCCACCUAUAUAUAUAUAAAAAACAAAGCAUUAAACAUUUAAAAACUUGCCUAUACAGGGCUGCCUUCAGACGGCUCAGGGGUUGCAUAACUCUAUACCCUCCAUCACUUCUCCAAUGAAAAUAGGGACAUCCUAAGGAAAAAGAGGACAUUCCAGGGUCAAAUCAGAAACUUGAAGGGUCUGUACACAAAACAAGGAUGGGGAAAACUUCACUGCUCUCCAAGGAGGUAACAUGAACACACCCUCAAAAGUCUUCACAGUGGGUGCUAUUAGUUUUGAAGGAAGGCGGAAACACCUGCACAUUAGAUUGCUUUUCUUUAUUAGCACAAAUGUAUAUGCACUACAGGGACGCGGGUGGCGCUAUGGGUAAAACCUCAGCGCCUAGGACUUGCCAAUCGUCAGGUCGGCGGUUCGAAUCCCUGCAGCGGGGUGUGCUCCUGUUGCUCGGUCCCAGCGCCUGCCAACCUAGCAGUUCGAAAGCACCCUCGGGUGCAAGUAGAUAAAAAGGGACCGCUUACUAGCGGGAAGGUAAACGGCGUUUCUGUGUGCUGCGCUGGCACGCCAGAUGCAGCUUGUCACGCUGGCCACGUGACCCGGAAGUGUCUUCGGACAGCGCUGGCCCCUGGCCUCUUAAGCGAGAUGGGCGCGCAACCCCAGAGUCGGACACGACUGGCCCGUACGGGCAGGGGUACCUUUACUUUUACCUAUAUGCACUACAGACAUUCUGGAAGGCUGACAUCCAUCCAGCACCACAUUGUACUGUCCCCCAAUCUGCUCCUAUUCUUUAUACCAAAGUGUGAUGCCCCAGAAAGUCUCUUCCAUGCACCUGAAUCAAUGGGCUGUCUGCACUUCCACUGGUUUAGUUGGUCGGUCUCCAUUAGGUCUUACUGCAAACUGCCCCCACAUCUUCACUCUUCCCAAUCUCUUGAGGAGCCAGAAGGACUUGGACUUUGUGGGACCUGCACUGGCUUUCCCCAUGAACCCUGAGGUCCACCAGCUGGCGCCAAGUGCGAAAAGCGGCUUGAAUAGAAGGGUCGGUAUAUGGUGAACAUGAAGAACAAGAAACUUCUGAGUCAUCUAAGCCCAGGGAUUUCUUCACAGUAGCAGAACUGAGCUCCCUGUAAAGCAGCUGACAUAUGGGGAAUUCAGUCUUGCUUUAGCCGCUUCCCUUACGUGUCCCAAACAUGUUUGGGGCAUGAAAACUACCUCACAGGCCAAAUGGGGAGGCCUGGUGGCUGAGGUUCGGCCUAGUGGGCGGAGGUUCCCCACCCUUGCGGUAAAAUGUGCACCUGCAGAUCUAAAGCCACACACUUCCUCCUGUUUUGGUGUUAAUCCUAUUUUUCAGUCUAAAUUUAUAAUUUUUUCUUGCAUGUAAGGUGCUUGGGGAGGGUCACAGUUGGCAGAAUCUUAUUAGUAUAUUAUUUUCGGACUAUCGGUUUUGUAUCUCUCAGUGGUCAGAAUGGAUGCCCGAGGCUAUGAAAUGUAAUUAAAUUCUUGUCCUUAACUUCACAGUUCACACAGCGGCAGCCAGCCCACGAGAUGAGAGGUGAGAAUUCAGCCUUCAAUAAUUCGCUUCUUCCCCCAUCUGGUUGCUUAAAAUAGGAGCUUUUAAAAAAGGAAGGAGUCAAAAACAAAUUGAAUGGUACCAACUGGUGCUGUAAAUCAGGUAAAUGAGCAGAAUGACAAGGGAAAUUUGUCAGGAACUGAUUAAAUCAUGACUGCCUGACAUGAUCCAAGGAUCUUAAAAAAGAAGGGGGGGAAUCAUCCAGUGAUUGUUGAAAAGUAGUCAGAAGUUCAUGAGGAAGAUAAUACCUCAGGCCUAUCACUUUGCAUAGAUAUAGCUGUCUACGGUGGGUACCUUUUGGCAGACAUUAUUAUUAUUAUUAUUAUUAUUAUUAUUAUUAUUUAUUAAAUUUGUAUACCACCCUUCGCCUGUAGAUCUCAGGACGUUUCACAACAUAAAAAUACAAGAUAAACACAAAAUACAUAAGAAAAAGAAACCUUAAAAGACAAGGCAGCUGAGAGCUAUUGUUUGGUUUUUAGCAGGGGCGAAAGAGGCUUUGCGACCUUAGCUGCCCUCAGCAGCCCAGCAGAAAUAUCUCUGUCAUUUUGGGAUGAAAUGCCCCAUGGGAACAAUGCACUACGGAGCAUCAUCAUUCCCAGGGGCUUUCUUGUAUGUGGAAGGGGUUGGCUGCCAUUGGCUUCAGCUGCCUGGCAGUAUUCCUUCUGUAAUUUUGGACGCAAUGCCUCAAGACCAGGCAAUUUUUGAGAGGAAAAUGGCCGCUUCUAUUUAUCUGCUUAAAAGAUAAGGCCGCUCAGCCAGAAGUUUGUACAUUUAAACCAUUCCAAAGAUUUAUCCAAUGUUUCAGGUAGUGUUUUGCCUCAUGCCGUGUGGUACAAAUAGAAUGCCAUGGCUGAUUACUGCACUUGAUAUAGGCUGAGGCAGGAGGAGGAUCAGUUUUAUGAUUUCAAAGGAAAUGCCACCCAUUUGUUUACCUGUAAUUUGCCUGGGAGAAACCAGGGAUUCUAAAUCAGCAGGCCCUUUGGGUUUUUUUGGUUUUUAGAUGCUUAUUUAUUUUAUGCCCUUCGACCAAUUGGUUCUGAAGGUGAUUAACCAGAGAGAAACAUCAGUAAAAAGAAUACAAGAUCAAGGUAUAAGAUAUUCUGGGGUUUUUUUAAUGUUUGAAGUUUUAUUAUGUUUUUAUAUAUGCUGUAAGCUGCCCAGAGUGGCUGGGGAAACCCAGCCAGAUGGGCGGGAUAUAAUAAUAAUAAUAAUAAUAAUAAUAAUAAUGAUAAUACAAAUGAAUGAAAAGAUGGCAAUUAAAAACAUUAGACUCCUCUCUGAUCGCACCAUGCAUUUCACUUUAGACAAAAGAGCUCUCUUGCCGUCUUCAAACCUACCUCAAGAGUUUAACCCUGCACAUUUACUCAAGGACAUCUGCUUUCCCCCUUUCUAAUUUGUUUUUCUUGAAUACUGAGCCCUAGGAAGCAUUUGGGGUCCCUCAAAAGCUCACAUAAACCUUGUUUGGUCCUGUUAAAUAAGCUUGCGCAGAAGAACAUUUAGGAAGAACGUACUGUUGGUUAUCACCGGCUCUGGGAAAUGAUACAACCAACUUUAUUUAGGAGCUCCUUCAACUUAAUGGCCUUCAUGGUCUUUCGAAAGGCCUUGAGCCAAGGUGGCUGGUGUUUUCAGCUACAGCUGAGCAUCUCCCAGAUUGUCUCAUUCUCAACUUAACAGAUGCCUUUGUUGGAAAUUUGGAUUGACUACUUGCUGAAAGAAAGAUCCACCGCUGCUGUCAAGUGCUGCCCUCUUGCAUAACUCCUGGUAUCAAUAAAGGAAAUAAUAAUAUACUAUUGCACAAGUGACACACACACCAUGGACCACCAGGAGAAUAUUAUUUGAGAGUGAAUGUGAUCUGCAAAUGAAACAUAAUUACACAGCUGCUGAAUAGGGCUCCUUGUUGCUUUGAAAUGUAAAUAGAAUGUAAAGUGCUGAUUACUCCGCAAUUACAAAAAAAGGGACUAGCAAUAAUCCUUGUCUUUGGCAAAUGAAGCACUUCCCCUUCUUUUUAAAAAGUUGGGAAGAUGUUGUGGCAUGGAAUGAAUAUAAUGGACCAUAAACAUUUCAAUUAACGUGUCUGUUACUGCUGCACUGAAUGGUGGAACAGACAGUCACGAGCAUUUAAAAGAUGGAGAGAAUGUGCUGAGGCUUUUAGAACAACGAGCAAAAGCAACAACAGAUAUAUCAUUAAAAUGAUACUGUGAGCUUUGUUCUAAAGCAUAUGUUUAAUUCAUAGGGGAAUGUCAGUACUUGACAUCUUGCUCUAUUUUAAUAUCUGAGCAUUUUAGAAAAACUGUGAUGAACUUUGCAUAUUUUUGUUAGGUGGCGGGGGCAAGCGGAAAGUGUAGCUUAUUCUGCUGUUGACAUUCCCCUUUGGGAAUGUUGAAAACUGCCGUAUACUGAGUCAGACCAUUGGUCCAUCUAGCCCAAUAUUGUCUACACUGAUUGGCAGUGGCUUUCUGGCUUUCCAGAGUUUCAGAUGGCUCUGUACCCUACUUGGAGAUGCCAGGGAUUGAACCUGGGACCUUCUGCAUGCAAAGCAGAUAUUCUGCGGUUGAGCUGUGGACCCUCCUCCCACUGGAAGAGUCAUUUCCUUGGCCAUUGCUUUGUUGUUGUUUAGUCGUGUCCGACUCUUCGUGACCCCAUGGACCAGAGCACACCAGGCACUCCUGUCUUCCACUGCCUCCCGCAGUUUGGUCAAACUCAUGCUGGUAGCUUCGAGAACACUGUCCAACCAUCUUGUCCUCUGCCGUCGCCUUCUCCUUGUGCCCUCCAUCUUUCCCAAAAUCAGGGUCUUUUCCAGGAAGACUUCUCUUCUCAUGAGGUGGCCAAAGUAUUGGAGCCUCAGCUUCACAAUCUGUCCUUCCAGUGAGCACUCAGGGCUGAUUUCCUUAAGAAUGGAGAGGUUUGAUCUUCUUGCAGUCCAUGGGACUCUCAAAAGUAUCCUCCAGCACCAUAAUUCAAAAGCAUCAAUUCGAACCGGCAAUCCCUGCCAAGAAAACUCCAUGGACAAAGACAACAGGCCAUUGCUUAGCCAGGUGUAAAUGAAAUUAACGCCAGCCAGUUACUGGCACAAGAAGAAAAAAGAGGGGAAAUGUUCUGGUCGUCUUUAAAGCCAAAGGUCAAGAGAGGUUGUACCUAUGGACCUGAAUCUUAAGCAAUAUUAAAAUUCAGCAUUUGGGCCUUCAAACAUUUGGGCCUUGUUGCAAUUACUUUAUAAUUUACUAUUCUAGUAGCAAAAGCCUUUGAAUGUAUAUUAGUUUCAAUGUGUCUGGUAGCUUUACUGCCAGUUUGGGAUAAGAAGCUGCAAUCUGUAUUACACCUGAGGCAUGAAAUUGCUUCUCUCCCUUUCCCCAAAUUAUCAGAGUCUUAAAACAAAUAGAAAAGAAGUUAUCAUCUAGAAAGUUAAUGUCACAGUUGGAAAGUCGGUCUCAACAUGCUGUUUGGUGUCCCAGCCUUCAGUAAUUAGGCAGAUCACAAGCCUUCCUUGAUCAAUAGCAAUGUCCCCGGAUUAGUAGCAGCACCAGGAAUGUUGACACCAUCAGAAUGACAUUUCCACAUCCUUUUCUAUUGUAAUUUUAUUUUAUUUUUAUUGCAUUUAUAGUUUACCUUUUCCUCCAAGGAGCUUGAUGUAGCAUACAUGGCUUCCCCCCUCCUCAUUUAAUCCCCUCAACAACCCUAAGAGGCAGGUUAGGCUGAGGUCACCCAGUGAGAGCUUCAUGGCUGAGUGGGGAUUUGAACCCUGCUCUACUGGGUCGUAGUCCAGCACUCUACCACUAUGGCACACUGGCCCUCUAGUGGGUACACAUGUCUGGCAAUUUCCAAAUACAGUGGUACCUCGGGUUAAGUACUUAAAUCGUUCUGGAGAUCCGUUUGUUAACCUGAAACUGUUUUUAACCUGAAGCACCACUUUAGCUAAUGGGGCCUGCCGCUGCCGCUGUGCCGCUGCUGCACGAUUCCUGUUCCCACACUGAAGCAAAAUUCUUAACCCGAGGUAAUAUUUCUGGGUUAGCGGAGUCUGUAACCUGAAGUGUAUGUAACCUGAAGCAUAUGUAACCCGAGGUACCACUGUAUGUAAAUUAGAUAGCAAGGUCAGUUUCACGACAACACUUUUGAAUAUGCAUAACAGUUCAUACCUUACUUCAGGCACCCCCAAACUUGGCCCUCCAGCUGUUUUGGGACUACAAUUCCCGUCAUCCCUGACCACUGGUCCUGUUAGCUAGGGAUGAUGGGAGUUGUAGUCCCAAAACAUCUGGAGGGCUGAGUUUGGGGAUGCCUGCGUUACUUGAACCACUGGACUUUUGUGUUUGCUUGGUGACGGUCACAAGGCUUCCAUUUUCUGGAUGGUGGAAAGAUGGGAAUAGAAAUGCUUCUUCUCUCCUAUAGCCACUUCCCUACUCCUCCCUGCCUUACUCUUGGAAAGUGGGGGAGAAUUUUGGUGCACAGUAGCUAGGAAAGUGUAGUGCUUCUUACACUUGUUGAAGAUGUUUGAGUAAACAUUUGAUCAGUGGCAUGCAGUCCAUGGACCAGGGGGACUUUCCUCGUCCCCCACGCUCCUAGUAAAUUAGACACCCAUCUCCAUGCUUCAUUUCCAGAAGGGAAGUCCUUCCUCCUCCUCCCUCCACCUUCUUUCUCCUCUCAGUCCUCCUCGGACCUUACUUCCUCUUGGGCCUUUGUCUUCUUUUGCCGCUCCAGCCAAGCUGCUCAGAGGGCUGUGCUCCUUGCAUGGGCAGCCUUCUUCAGGUCUCUGACUGGGCAAUCGGCAGCCACCUCUUCGAGACUUGAGAGGACAGUGCUCCACCUUUCCCAAAGGCGAUUGCAGGUAUCAGAGAAGGGGCAGCGCCACCACCCCUCUGAUUGUCAAAUAGGUCUUGGUCCUCCAAACGGGCUUCUUCACCCUUCACCCCCAGGACAGAGGGAGUUGUAACGCAGGGGUUGCAACCACUCCAUGGUGUCUGUGUGAAUACUAUCACAUUAUUUCAGUCAUUUUCUUCUCUCUUUUAUCCUGCAGAGGUUAACUUAUACUCCUAUAUCAUAACACACGAAGCACACAUGCCUGAUGGGUAAAGGUAAAGGGACCCCUGACCAUUAGGUUCAGUCGCGAACGACUCUGGGGUUCCGGCGCUCAUCUCGCUUUAUUGGCCAAGGGAUCCAGCGUACUGCUUCCGCGUCAUGUGGCCAGCAUGACUAAGCCACUUCUGGCGAGCCAGAGCAGCGCACGGAAACGCCAUUUACCUUCCCGCCGGAGUGGUACCUAUUUAUCUACUUGCACUUUGAUGUGCUUUCGAACUGCUAGGUUGGCAAGAGCAGGGACCGAGUAACGGGAGCUCACCCCGUCGCGUGGAUUCGAACUGCCGACCUUCUGUUUGGCAAGCCCUAGGCUCUGUGAUUUAACCCACAGUGCCACCUGCGUGGGUACCAAUGUUCAAAUGCAAAACGAGUUUAAAAAAUGAUUAAAAAUAAAAUAAAAUCCCCAUCCCAAUUAUUAAAAGAGCAUGGCGGGGGGGAAUGUCCAAUUACCUUCUAGUGAUCUUUGUCGGAAUGCCAGGACUUGCUCAUGAAUGGCACUUAGGGACAACAGGACGUUUAAAACUGGCCUUGAUUGAUGAAAGAUCAGGUUGUAUCCUGGGAUGCUGCACAACAGCACCAGUCAGACGAGGGGAGGGAACCUGUAGCCAGCACCCCAAGCAUGAAUUUGUUCCUCAGCAUAUGAUAAGUUAUACAAACGUCUAACAAAUUAGCACCCAACGUGUAAAUCGGAUUCUUUUACAGCAAAACCUCUUGGGCUGGCUUACGAGAAGAGUGCAGUACCCAUCUUCACCAUUAGAUGGCUGCAGUUUACAUUUUUCUAAGGCUCUAUGUAAAAAAUAAAGAUACACCUAGUUGUUUAUAAGGCCAUUUCAGUGUUUCCCAAACUUCCUUCCUCGUUCUGCCACAGCCACUGCUGUGGCUUCCAAUUGUUAUACAGACAUGCAAAAGUUUUUUUAAAAGUUUAUUUAAGUUAGAGUAAGUGAGAGAGACGGUGAGAAAGGCUAUGCUCAGUGUUGCAUCCUCAAAUGAGCUUAUGCUUUGCCUUCCCCAGACAAACCAUACAUGGUAAAACAAGAACUGUGGUCACAGCUUGUGGUUUGUCCCGAGCCAUGUUUCCCAAGCUUGGGUCUCCAGCUGUUUUUGGACUACAAUUCCCAUCCCUGACUAUUGGUCCUACUAGCUAGGGAUGAUGGGAGUUGUAGUCCAAAAACAGCUGGAGACCUAAGUUUGGGAAACUGUUCUGGAGGAAAAAAUCAUGAGCUUGGGUUUGGACAUAAUGCAAAGCCAAACCAAAGCUUAUCCCCAGAUAGCAUGGCUAUGGCAGGACUAGGGGAUGAGCCAAGUGGCAACCAACUUUCCUCUGAGAACCAGCACAUUCAUGCUGAACCAUGGUUUGGAUUAGCGAUAUGCAUCAACCAGGUACACUCUAUAAUCCCUGCUUCUCUGUAGGAACAGAAAUGUGUGGUGCUGUUGGCUUUAAUACUGAAGGAGCUUCCUAGUGUGGGAAGCUGGCUCUACGAAGGGGAUUUUUCAGACUGUUUGAUUAUUAUGAAUACUGGGAAUUCACAUGCACUUUGUCACUGCUGCUAGUUUCAUGAAAGCACAGAUGGUAUUUUUGAAUGAGUGGCUGCCUGUGCCAACAGGUCUUCAUGCUCAGAGAUGCGUUUUUGUUGACUGAUGCAUGAGGGAAGCUGCUAGCGAGGACAGUUGUUUUUGUAGGGUGAGGGUUGGCAUAAAGGGGGCAGCCUUUCUCUUUGAACACCCUGUUUCCCCUGGAAAAACAAAGCUCUGGGUUUUGUUUCUACUUUUUAAUCUUAAUCCUUAAAUGCAAAUUAUGAACCUCGCCUCCAUCGUGCACAGGGCGAGAUCCAGAUACUCAAACACACACAUACACACACACACACACACACACACACACACACACACACAGAGAGACCCCAUUUUGCCUCCCUGGAGGAUGCUAGUGGACUCUGAUGCCUAGGAAGGCACCAUUGUAGACCAGGAAUAGGAAAUGCCACACGAACAAUCCUUGCACCAUAGAGACACAAUGCUAUACUUGUUCCUGAUACCAGACCUGAAUGUGAUUUUUAUUGUAAGAAUCUUUAGCUGUUUCACGGCUAAAAAUUGUGUUUGUGCGGGGAGAAAUAUUCUAAACUGAUGGAUGGAUUGAUGAUUGUCUUUUUAUCUCACCUUUAAGUAGGUUGAGGUGGUUCUCCUGCUCCACAUGUAAUUCCCACAACAAUCCUGUGAGGUAUGGUAGGCUGAGAGGCUGUGACUGGCCCAGGGCCAUCCAGUGAGCCUCAUGGCUAAGUGGGGGAUUUGAACCCUGUCCUCCCAGGCCUUAGUCCAAUACUGUAGCCACCAUACCACACUGCCCCACAACCCUUUGCCACACUUGCCCCCCACAAGUAACACAUGAAGAGAGCUGCAGACUCUCAUGGUUCAGGAUGAUGAACGUGGAGGAGUGUGGGACACAGGAAAUGGAAAUAGCCUGAAAACCACACCUCAUCUUUGUAUGACAUGAAGAUGAUCUGUGAUGUCUCCUGUCCAUUAGGAAAAAAUAAAACAAUAAGUUACCUUAUACUGACUCAGACCAUUGCUCUGUGUUGUCUGGCUCUAGUGUCAUCUUGUAUUAUCUUACAAAGAUUUCAUGGUGGAUAUUAUUCCCUCUUUCCAUACCAUAAGAACAUCUGUUUUUGCUAGCAUGCCAUGCAUCGAGCCAUAUAUUGAGGCACUGCCCAAGGUUAUAAGCGAUACAGCUUAUGACCGAAUGCUAUGAGCAUCUUCAUGUUUCUCAUCAUCAAGCUAAAUGCAUUUGGUAAGGAAAGCAUUAACAUUUGCAGCAACUUAUCAUUAAUUCUGAACCAGACUUUUAAAAACAAAUCUGCAGUCUUCCAUAGAAGACCAUAAUUCUGCAUUUGGCUGCAUCUGUUCUUGAAACCCCAAGCCUUUCUCCUGACUAAUUUUAAGAUUAACUCAGCUUCAGGUGCUGAAAUGGCCACUUGAGGGAGCCUCUACAUGCCAGGAGGAGAGGGGAAAAUCUGCAUAGAAGAAAUUGCUAAUGGAAACGCGGCAAGUGAGUCACUUAAGGGUGAUCAAUCCAGUUCAGGGUAUGGCGCUGAAGACCAAGUCCUGUUGCUUCAUGAAUAUAUGCAUGCGCUGUUUCUGCAGUCUUCCUUGCUUCAGAAAGUAACUGGAGAGUGACUGGACAACUUCUGCCUUCCUGAUCAUAACAAUAGUUCUCUGAAAAACGUAGAGGGGUGCGGGGGUGGGGAUUGGAUUGGAUCCGUAUUAUUUCCCAUAUGAAUUUAUUUGGAGC